AAGAUGCCAGCUCAUCUCAGCCUGGCAGAGCAGGAACGGGCGUGGAGGAAGACGGCAAGGACAGCAGAGCUGGGUCUCGCUGCGAUCUCGGAGAAGGGACCGAUGAAGAUGUGCGACACUGCGAGGAAGCAGAGAGAUUCCAGAUCUGAUGUGAAACCCACAGCCCUGGAGCAAAAAAGAAAAGCAUGUGCUCCACUGAACAUUAAAUCAGCACAGAUUAAUAUCAACAAACGAAAUGGAAAUAACACAGAGUCAAAUGCGCUAAAAGUGGAUGAGAGACUGCGAUUGGCCCGGGAACGGAGAGAGGCGUAUCAAAAACAGCUGGUGCUGCGUGAGCGCGGUUGGCUGGCAAAGGAAGAGAGGGCCAAGCAGUUCUAUGAGAAACACCUUGAGGAGCGACGGAAGAAGUUGGAGAAGCAGCGACAAAGAGAGGAAAGGAGGAGGAUAGUGGUCGAGGAGAAACGCAAACAGAGGCUCAAAGAAGAAAGAGAGCGUUAUGAGUCUGUGGUGCGGAAGACAAUGGAGAAAAGUCAGAAGGCUAAACAGAAACCUGGUCACUGCUCACGAAACGUCACCAAGAACAAAAUCAAUAAUGCUAAACGCCGCUCUCUUAGUCAGUGGGAGAUUGACCUUGUCCGUCGUCUUCAGACUCCUACCGUCUCUUAUCUAGCCAGAAGCAGGAGCGCUGUGUGUCUGUCACGAGACACAGUUGUUCAUAUUUGUCGUCGUUCAGCCUCAUGUCAUACCAUGAACUCCAGCACCACGCGAAAGCUCCAGGUGCAUUGUGGGAAAGCACCAAACAGGCUUGCAAGCUCAAGUCCAAAUGUCACCAUCCGCAGAACCACCAACAGAGAGCUGGUGGCAAAAGGCGAUUUUGAGGGACAGGACUUGAAAAAGCCACAACUACAAGCAACAACAAAUGAAAUCAAGCCCAAACAGGACACAACCCUACCAGAGAAUACUGUCCUCCCAACAUCAUGGCUGCAGAACAGAUCACAUGUCAGACAAGCCACACUUAAACAAGACAGUCUGCCUCCACUGCCAGAAGAGGGGGAUCUAGAAUCUGAGGAAACACUUGCUCAACAAUGUCUACAAGUUAACCAACUCCAGUCGAAUCCAGCUACUAAUGGGCCUCCGAAUCCACCAGCAGGCUCUCAGAUUCCUAAUGGUAAAAAGAGCAGAGAGGGCCUGGCCCGUCGAAGAGUUGAAGAACGAGCCAGAGAGGAAGCAGAGGCUCUGAGACUGGAGGAGGAGAAGAGGAAGAGAGAGGAAGAAGAGCGAUUGAAGGCUCAAGAGGAGAAUGCUCGCAGACAGAAAGAGGAGGAAAACAGGCUUCAACAGCAGAGAGAGCAAGAGGCUCGUCAGAGUGUGCUGGCAGAGAAGCAGAGACUGGAAAGAGAGAGUCACUUCCAGAGAGAGGAGGCCGAACGCCAAGAGAGGAAAAAGCGCCUGGAAGAAAUCAUGAAAAGAACAAGAAAGACAGACUCUGAUGACAAGAAAGCUGCAUCAGUGAAGGACAACUUGCCUUGUGAGAACGUAAAAUCUGUAAUCAGGCAACCAGAUCCAGGAAAAAUGCCAAAGCUGGAGCUGAGGGACGAGGAGGAUAUGCUUCCUACUGUGGCCUUCAAAGAGCGACGGUCCUUCCGCAGUCUUUCUGGCCUGGAUGAGAUACAAGCCCAUCAGCAAACCGAGGUUAUUUAACCCACGGACCUGUCAUACGAUGCCAAGACCUUCAGAGCAACUUCAGCAAGUUUGUCUUUCUGAAAAACACAAACAACAUAUGCACUUGAUUUCCCUGCACUUUAAUAAAUCUGUAGUUUAAUAAACAAGUCACACUUCCUUCUACAGAUUACAGUUUCCUACUGCCCAAUUAAAAUACCUAAAUUACUGCUUGAUUUGCUAAAGUGACAUCAUGUAUUGUUCAUGUAUUGCUCAGUAGACAUAACUUUGGGAAUGUGGUAAGAUUCACAUAAUAAUAAUAAUAAUAAUAUUAACAAAGAAAAUAAUAAUAAUAAUAAUAAUACUUGAAUAAUACUUAAUGACUUAAAGGUAGACUACCCACCAAAUAAAA